GGGUUAUGUACUGAUUAACUAUCCUCAUGUGUUCCCCGGGUACCUUAAGUAUUUGACAAAGAAGUACUUGAAGAACAACAACGUGAGGAAUCGGCUUCGCCUAAUUGCUUCCAGCGAAGAUAGUAAUGUUUAUGAGCUGCACUACUUCAACAUUGCCAAGAAUGAGGGAGGAAGAAGAUGA